AUGGAGACUUCAUCCCAUCGGUGUUUAAAACCAGAAGGAAUCAGAUUGCCUGGGAUUGUUGGAAAGCUUGGAAGAGAAAGGAGGAAGGGACAGCAAGGAGAAGAUGAUACCAUUGUCAAAUGGACCAAGAGCCACAAUGGUGAAGGAUGUUGGGAACCACUGCCCUACAAGAACCAGCAGCAGAACCUUCUGCGGCUUCCCACCAGGGAGGGCGCUGCGUUUCCACAAGGCUCUCUCGAGCGCUCUCUCGCUGCCCACGAGCCUCUUCGCCCACUCCCUCGGGCUGCUGGCGUUGAAGCCGCGCUUCCGCCCGGCGUUUGCAGCAGCAGCAGCAGCUGGUUCCAAGAGGGUUCUGCCGGGGCCGCCGCUGUGCGCGCGCCGGGAAACGCCCGCUGUCGCCUGGCCCGCAUGUCUCUGCCGAGCUCGGCCGUGAAAUUCCGCAGGAUCCUCGCCCAGUUCCCCCAAGAGCUCAGCUUCGCCUUUGCUUAUGGCUCCGGGGUCUUCCAGCAAGCGGGGGCCUCCUCCGGGGAAAGCGAGAACAAUAUGCUGGACUUUGUGUUUGCUGUGGAUGAUUCAGUAUCAUGGCACAAGAUGAACCUGUCAAAGAAUCGCAAUCAUUAUUCCUUUUUAAAAUAUUUUGGAGCCAAGCGACUCAGUAACAUCCAAAACUAUGGAGCAGGGAUUUACUACAAUACAUUAGUUCCUUGUAAUGGCAGGGUUAUAAAAUAUGGUGUUAUUAGUACUGACAUACUGAUUGAAGAUUUACUUCGCUGGAAGACUCUCUAUGUAGCUGGACGUCUGCAAAAGCCGGUAAAGAUCCUUGCCCAGAAUGAGAAUGGCAAGCUCCAAGCUGCUCUUUCCAGCAACUUGAAGAGUGCAGUCACUGCAGCUUUUCUUAUGUUGCCUGAAAGCUUCUCUGAAGAGGAUCUUUAUGUACAGAUUGCUGGGAUCUCUUACGCUGGUGAUUUCAGAAUGAUGAUUGGGGAAGACAAGUCAAAGGUUAUGAACAUAGUGAAGCCAAACAUGUUGCAUUUUCAGAAGCUUUAUAGCAACAUCUUGCAAGAUUGCCCACAAGUGAUAUACAAACACCAACUGGGCAAAUUAGAGAUCGAUAAGAGCCCAGAAGGUCAGUUUGCACAACUAAUGGCUCUGCCAAGGACCCUGCAGCAACAAAUAACUUCUCUCAUGGAUCCUCCAGGGAAGAACAGGGACGUCGAAGAAAUCUUAUUGCAAGUUGCCCAUGACCCUGACUGUGGAUUGGUGGUACACCAGGGCAUCUCAGGAAUUGUGAGAUCCUCCAGUCUAAUUCAGAGUGCUAAAACCACCCUAACAGCUGGGUUAAAAAAAUCUGUGAUCUACAGCAUGAAGAAGAUGUACAAAAUGUCAAAAGGAUGGCUAAGGAAGUCAUGAUACCUGCAUUUGGAUUUUCUGGGAAAUCAACCUGAUCUCUUAUUGCUAAAUGUGCAAAUUCUACCUGUUGCAUAAUUGUGGCCUUGGAAAACUAAAUAUGCAGUAACACAUCUCUGCUACAUAUAUACAGA